AUGAAACCGGCGCUGAUCUGGCUGCUUUCCUUGGCGGCGUUCGCUACUGCGAACUUAAGGGAGGAUCCAUGGAUAGAAGAAGGCUUGGAAAAGUCGUACAAUAAGGACCACAACAACCAUGAACGUAGAACGAGGGAAGCUGUCGAGGUACAUGAGGAACCGGUCCGAGUUAAGCGUUGUGACACGCCGCAAAGCGAUCAACUGUCGCCAAUCGCAUCUGAAUACGUUAGACGACCGCGACAGGUUCAUCAAUACGAAGUCCACGAAUUCCACGAGGAAGCCUCCCAACCCUCUGUGCCGUACGAAGAAAUGCUGGCGGCGAGUGCUGAACACUACCACAAAGUGUACGCGGCGCCGGGAGCCAAGUCAGGACGAUACCUGAACGCUGAUGUGAGUCGAAGUCACAAUACAUUGGGUGUCCAUGCUGUGCCGUCUCAAAACCCAGCUCAGUAUGUGUCCGCGCCAGGUCAACUAGGUCCUUCCCAUUCUCCUUUAAGUGUUGUUAACCCUGUUCACGCGUCUAACUUUGCCUCAAAUGUACUGCCGGGUGCUGCGUCUGUACCAUCAGCGAACGGACCGUCGCCGGUGAUUGUUCCCGCGCCGCAGCCGCAACUGUCCGAGGACCAGUUCCCGGCGGCUGGGCAUCAUCACCAGCAACAGAAGCAUCACGGGCAUCAUGCACACGUGCAAGGGGGCGGGCACGGUCAUCAAGGGCACCAUCAUUCGGAUCAUGGAGCGAAGACUACAAAAGGCUUCAAGACAGACCAGCACGUAGACAAAGGUGGUAAGGGCUUCAAGAAGGACGAAAACCACCGCAAGGAGUAUGAAGAGGCGGCGGGAAAGAAGACCAAGCACCACGAUCUCGCCGGCCACAAGGGUAAUCACGAAGAAGAAGCUCACGGACACAGGGGAUCCAAUUUUGAAGAAAAGAAGGGACACAAGAAAGGACAUAAAACUAAGGGAUACCACAACAAGUACCACAAGGACGAGUUCCACAAGGAGCACAAGUUCUACGACGACUACCACAAGAGUGGUGAGCACCACCGAUACGGCAAAUUCAAUGCCAAGCACGCCAGCAACGAGAGCGGCAAGAAGAAGGCGCACCACAUUAACGCAGGACACGAUUUUGUAGAACGCGGAAAGAAGGGAUACAGCAAUAAGGGUCAUGUCGACGCUGAUCACAAGGGAUACAAUGGCAAGAAAGGCCACGAAGAACACCACGAGAAUCAUUCGGAGUAUGGCAAAAAAGGUGGCAAAGAAGGAGGCUCACACUGGGGGCACGCUAAAAGGAAUUAA